CCUUCCCACCUCCUCGAAUCUUAUUUCUAUUUGGGGGAACGCUCGAGAAGAAAGCGAAGGAUCAGGGAACCGGGAGCGAAGGGAGAUCCAGAGAUGGUCCGCGCAAUGUUCUCUUUCUCGUCGAGGGGCAGCACCCCUGAUGGUGUGAGGAGGAGGGGAGGAGGGAAAAGGCCCGAGCUGCCAGCCACCAUCACAGAGGAGGAGGAGGAGGAAGAUGAAGAUUAUUCGGAAUGUAUGGAGGCCUUCCGGACUGCCUUGAUCGAACAGAAUCUGCUUCCGCCUCGCCACGACGAUUACCCCACCUUGAUGCGAUUUCUAAAGGCACGAGGGUUCAAUAUUGAAAAAGCUACUCAUAUGUGGUCUGAGAUGCUCCAGUGGAGGAUCAACUUUGGUGCUGAUACUAUCAUUCAUGUGAGAUUAGCUAAUGAUUUUGUAUUUGAUGAACUCGACGAAGUCCUCCAUUAUUAUCCACACGGUUUCCAUGGUGUUGAUAAAGAUGGAAGACCCCUAUAUAUAGAAAGACUUGGGAAAGUUGAAUCCAACAGACUUCUGGCCGUCACAACUGUUGAAAGAUUUCUUAAGUACCAUGUUCAGUGCAUAGAGAAGAUGCUUACUGAGAAGUUCCCAGCCUGUUCUGUUGCAACCCAAAGACACAUUGAUAUGAUGAUAACAAUUUUAGAUGUACAAGGAGUGAACUGGAUUAGUGUUGGCAAAUUAGCUCGUGAUGUUGUUGUUCAGAUCCAGAAAAUCGACACUGACAAUUACCCUGAGAUAUUAUACAAGUUGUUUGUUAUAAAUGCCGGUAGUGGUUUCAGAUUACUUUGGAAUACUAUAAAGGGCAUAAUUGAUCCACGAACAGCAGCCAAGAUUGUGGUGUUAGGAGAACGAUAUCAAAAUACGUUACUUGAAUGCAUUGAGAUGAGUGAACUACCUGAGUUUCUUGGUGGAUCUUGCACUUGUUCUGAUAAGGGUGGAUGUCUUCGAUCCAAUAGAGGACCAUGGAGUGAGCCUGAGAUUAUAAAUUUAGUUCAGGAAGCCAAACAGAUGAGUCCAAGUAGCAGAGGUAAUGUAUUGUAUGGUGAGAAAUUGAAUCAGCAGGUGAGAAUGUUUAAAAAGUCCAACAUGAAUGAGAAGUCAUAUAAAGAAUCAGUCUCUCAUACUGGAUCCGUUCUACAAUUUGCUACCCAGUCAACUCCGGUUCAUGAAAAUGGCAUAGAAAACGAGAUACGUGAAGACGUUCCUUCCAACAACUCAGAUGGUGAAACAAUAAUGUGUGAUAAAUUUGAAGAUUGCUUGAUAAACGAUUCCAACCCAAAGUCUUCAUUAUCAAAAUUCCUUGCGCUAGCGAUGGGAGCUGUUGGCAAUUUCGUUAUGAAAUUGCUUGCCAUUUUCUUUUUGUUCUUUGGGUUGAAAAAUGGACGUUUCGGCAAUAGAAAUGUCCAGUCAUCGGGUCAUCAUGGGAUAGAGCCAACAAAUGAGAAUUCCAUGAACAACUUGAUUUAUCACGAUGCCGCAGAAGAAGACCCUAUCCUACCGUGCAUGGAGAAAUUCCAGAAGCUUGAUCAAUUAAUUGACUUAGACAUGGAACCUAUGGGGAUUUCUGAAGAAAAUGGUGGCGUUUUUGUAGAUUCACCAAAUAGCUUGGAAUCUCUAAAGCUUGAGUUACUGGAAGAAAACAAUGUUACACAAGAGACCUCAGAAAAGCAUAUUCAAGUUUCAGAUGCAAGAAUCACAGGAGACAUCAACAGACGUUCCAGUAGAAGAAGAGCAAGUCUUUCUAAAUUGAGGAGCACAAUUAGUUCUUGGAGGAUGACUUACAGAUGUUCUUGAACAAAUAGACGAAUGAAUAUUGAAGAGGAUGAGACCAUUGUAAUACGUGCUCUUACACCUGUAAUGUAAACUGAUCCAAUGCUUUAAAUAUACAUCUUGGCCAACGACACUGAAGUGUCAUUUUAUCA